UAACGCAUUAUAAUCAAGGAAUAUUUUACUGUUUUGUUUAUAUUUCCUUAAAUGUAAAAUAUAUAAUAUAAAAGUAGAACAUUUCUUGUUAAUUAAGUUUAUUAUAGAUGAAUUAAUUCCGAUAAAAAGAAAAUAAUUUCAAAGUUAUGUUUUAUGGUAGGCAACCCAACAUACACGUUUCGAAUGUUCAAAUCCUUAACCGGUGGAGACGGUUGUGUCGUUAUAGUACUCGUGCAUAUUUGUCAAUUAAACUAGUUAUUUUAGUAUUUAUUAUAUCAUCUGCAACUGCCAUGGAUAAAAUUCACGUGGAAAUACUUCUUGAAAAAGAAAAUGUUUUUACCGACGCAGAACUGAUAGAAAUAUGCGGCAGUCAUUUAUCAGAACAUCAUGCUCAGCCAGGUUCAAGGAUGACAAACUUUCCAGAUAAUUCUAUGGUUGCAAUUGCUGGUGCCCAGGAAUUAAUUGUGAAUGAAUGUUGUGGGAUUACUGGCCCUGUUGAUUUCGAAAGCAAAUCAAUUCAAUGGUACAUCUACAGCUUGAAUUCACUUGGACCUCAAGCUGAAAAUUUCAAUGAUUCGAAUGGAGACUAUGUGAAUGUAGCAUCUGAUUAUAUUCUACCUUGUGCAGAUCUGCAUUUGUUAUGGGAGAAUUUAAUCUAUGACCAUAAUGUGAAGGAUGAUCUUUUGAAUUAUGCUCAUGCUAUAAUGUCGUUCUCACAACGUGGUGUUAAUUUUAACAUCAUAAGUUGCAAUAAAGUAAUAUUGUUGCACGGACCACCGGGAACCGGAAAAACAUCACUUUGCAAGGCAUUAGCUCAGAAGUUAUCCAUAAGAAUGGUGCAAACUUAUCCAAAAGCUAUUUUGAUUGAAAUCAAUAGCCAUAACUUAUUCUCCAAGUGGUUUUCAGAGAGUGGAAAAUUAGUCACGAAAAUGUUUGACCACAUUCGCGACGUGUGCGAAAUGACCAAUACCCUUGUCUGUGUCCUCAUCGAUGAAGUGGAGUCCCUCGCACAUGCUCGUGAGCAGUGUUUGAAUGGUAAUGAACCAUCCGACGCGUUCAAAGUCGUCAAUGCGGUCUUAACACAAAUCGAUAAUUUGAAACGUUAUCCAAACGUGUUGGUGCUUAGCACGUCUAAUAUCAUGUGUGCGAUAGACCUUGCAUUUGUUGACCGCGCUGAUUUUAAACAAUAUAUCGGCCCGCCGAGUGUGCCAGCAAUUAAGAAAAUUUACACGAGUUGCAUUAACGAGUUGAUACGUACAGGUGUAAUUUGUUUGGAUGAAAAUAAGUCUGAGGGUCUUGAUAGCCAAGAGUUUGAUGUUGCUCUGACUAAAAUUAGUGAAGCAAGUCAGAAACUUAGUGGUAGAAUGUUGCGCAAGUUGCCGUUAUUGGCUUGUGCUUCUCAUUUGCGGCAUUCAGAACUCGGGUUGAUGGAUUUUAUGGAAGCUAUGGGUAAGAGUAUUGAAAAUGAAUUUUGCCAGAGGGAUAAAUUGUUGAAUGGAAAAUUGACAAACGGGUACAAAGAGUAAUUUAGUAAAAUCGGAUUUUAUAGUAGUAAUAAUUUUUAUCGCCAUUAUUUUAUCAUAUUUAUCGUAAGUCUUAAUUCAAUUAUCAAGUAAAUGUUAUAAUAUUUUAUCAUGUAGGAAGUUUAGUAAAAUCUGUCAUAAAUUGUUUAUAAAUUGAGGCUGAUGGAGCUAAAUAUUAGAAGCAAUAUAUAAUAUCUAGGUGGUGUCCCCAACUAGAUGUUUGCGUCGGCUGUCAAUUUGGUUUCCUGUUUAGUCGGUCGUGCGCGAUGGUGUCGUGAGCACGUGUUUUGUUCGUGAGUCUAUCUUUAUAGUUAUUAAUCGCUUUUCUUGAGAUUUUAAUUUGUUGGUGACAUGGUAAAUCUUAAAUGUUCAGAGAGUGUGGUCUACAGUUAAGUAAUAAUCUAUGGUUCCCGAUAUAGACUGAUUUAAUCGUAGUAUGUGUGCCGGCCGUCGGAAACUUUACCGUCGCAUUGGAUUUAUCAUUUAUUUAUUAACUUUAAAUCGUUCAUAUAAACAACAUUUCUCCUCAAUGUGAAAAACUAAAUAAAGGGAAAAUAUUCGAGUAACGUGAAUUAUUCUUAUAACUAACGUAUUAAUUCAUUUUAAUAUUUCUGUUUUUUACGUGCAGUGAAACUACAAAGUACUUGGUUGUAUGAGCUCCAAUAAAAGACAAUUUAAUACUGUA